GGGGCCGGCCGGGUCCUGCUGGUCCUGCUUCUGCUGGUCGCGGCCGCCGCAUUGGCGCGCGCGGUCACCGACGCCUCCGACGUUACCGCUAUGAACGGGCUGUACGUUUCGCUGGGAUCGCCAAAGCUUCCCGGGUGGAUUCCAAACGGCGGAGACCCCUGCGGCGAGGUUUGGCAGGGGGUUACCUGCACCGGCACAAGCAUAACCUCAAUAAAGAUGAAUGUCGCGAACCUCGGAGGGCAGCUGAGCAGCUUAGGGAACUUCACUUCAAUCACCACCAUAGAUCUUAGUAACAAUAAUAUUGGUGGAACUAUACCAGAAGACCUACCUCCCACACUGCAGAAUCUUUUCCUCUCUGCUAAUCAGCUCACUGGAAGUAUUCCGAGUUCAUUGUCCAAACUUACAAGUUUAUCAGCCAUGUCACUCAACGUCAACCAUCUGAAUGGAGAACUGCCAGAUGCUUUCGAUUCACUUGCUGGACUUAUAAAUCUGGAUAUUUCUGAGAACAACUUUACUGGUGUGUUACCACCUUCAAUGAAAAACCUAUCAUCUUUGACUACAUUGCGCAUACAAAACAAUCAACUGUCAGGGACCCUUGACAACUUGCAGGAUCUCCCCAUCAAAGACCUGAAUGUAGAGAACAACUUGUUUUCUGGACCAGUACCUCCGAAAUUAGAGAACAUACCUACUUUCAAAAAGGAUGGUAAUCCAUUUAAUACGACUAUAGCCCCGUCAGCAUCACCGCCUUCAUCAAUAGGACCAGCACCAACUCCAACACCAGCAGGACCAAAACAAGCCCCAACACCAACAACAACGCCUAUAGAUCUAAGUCCAACAAGAGCACCGUCGCCUCCAUCACCCCCUUCAAAAUCCCCUCCGCCCGCAAACCCUUCUGAUGGAUCAACUACUCGAGAUAGCACCUCGUCAUCUCAGAAACAUAAUUCAUCAAAAAAGCUCAAGAUUGCCGGAUUUGUUCUUCUCGUAAUAGUGCUAUUCAUAUGUAUAGUCCUGCUGGUAAUAUUUUGUUUGUCCAAGUACCAAGAGAGACGGUCAAGAUAUGAUUAUAACAGAAGUCAGCUGGGAAGGGUGCAUCAUAGGGUUGAACCCCAAAAUAUGCCCGCUUCAGUGCAAAAAAGGGAUGAUACUAAAAAAGGUCCAGGUGAGACCCUUGAAAAGAGGAGCCGCGGGUCAAGUUUGGCCGCAGCAGCUCUCCCAAAGAAGCCUGCUGAAAACCGAAAGGAGCACAUAAUUAAUUUGGAUCGGACAGACUCGGAACUUUUUGCAGUUGCAGCACCUCCACCUCCACCUCCACCACCCCCUGCUGAAAAAGUUGUUGUACAGCCCAAGCCCAUUGUUACUCCAGAAAAGAGAUACAGCCCUCCACCAACGACAAGUACCCCAACUUCUGCCAUACCCUACUCUGUUGCAUCUCUUCAGCAAUAUACAAGCAAUUUCAGAGAGCAGAACGUGAUAAGGGAGAGUAGAUUAGGAAAGGUAUUCCUAGCUGAGCUUCCUGAAGGCAAGUUAUUGGAAGUUAUGAAGAUCGACAAUCCUAACGGAAGAGUAUCAGUAGAUGACUUUCUAGAACUGGUUGCGCUUAUCUCAGAGAUCAAGCAUCCCAACACCCUUGAGUUGGUUGGGUACUGUGCUGAAUAUGGACAGCGACUACUUGUAUACAACCACUUUAGCAGAAAAACACUAGAUGAUGCACUUCAUGAUAGAGAGGAAAUCGACAUUGAUCUAUCAUGGAAUGCUCGCCUCCAGGUCGCUCUUAGUUCCGGAAAAGCCUUAGAGUAUCUCCAUGAAAGCUUCCAACCCCCAAUCGUGCAUCAGAAUUUUGAACCAGCUAAUGUCCUCCUAGAUGAUAAGUUGUCAGUGUGUGUAGCUGAAUGUGGACUGGCAGAGCUGAUGCCCUCAAGUUCUGUCACUCAGCUCUCAGGUCGGUUGCGCACAUUACUGAACUAUGAUGCGCCUGAAUUCCAGGAAUUUGGGACCAUUUCAGAACGAGGCGAUGUUUACAGUUUUGGAGUAGUGAUGCUAGAACUUCUUACUGGGCGUAAACCAUACGAUAGUUCACGCCCACGCCACGAACAACAUCUUGUUAGAUGGGCCGGUUGUCAGCUUCAUGACAUUGAAUCCCUGUCCAAGAUGGUGGACCCUUCUAUUCGAGGGCAGUGCUCCGAGAAAGUAUUGUCACGGUUUGCUGACAUAAUCAGCCGCUGUAUCCAGAGGGAGCCAGAAUUCAGGCCACCGGUGUCUGCAGUUGUCCAGGACAUAACUAGCAUUGUGAAUGCUUCUCGUGAGGAAUCAGAGUAACAAAUGGUUCGAUGAUUCACAGAUCACAUGGGCAAAGUCGCCGGUCGGAAUUUUUUUGGGAUGGAACUUGUUUUGGCAUAAUGCAGAACACAUCAUAUGUCACAGAUUUCUGGGAGAAGUAUAGCUAUUGAUCCUUGCCAGUGUAUCAUCAUGUAACUAAUGUAAAUUAUGAGUAGGCGGUCACAUUCAUUCAAGGAAAACAUCAUGCUUUCCAAAAGGAAUACCUUAGACAGAAUAUUGGGUAUUUAGUGAACAGAAACUGGAUGCAGGAAGCAGGGAAAAUGUAGAGAUGGGGAAUGUUCAGGAACUGGAUGUAAAACUGCUACUGCAAUGCCAAGAUCAUCUUGGGUGAAGGAAUUUGGGGGGGUGUCCGAAGGAGUAGAGAACCCUACAGGAAAAUUUCCUAUGUAGCCCUCUGGAACAAAUGAACUAGCUUCUUGAAUUCCCAUGGGAUGGCUCAAAGGCGUAGUCAUUCUCUGUA